AUGGAUGGAAUCAAACACCGUACGUGCCUCGUCGACGCGGCCGCACCUCCCGUACAGAAGAACGAGCUGGCUCGCCAGGCCCUUGUGGUCUCUGUACUCGCUUUGCGAGAUCCACUCGUGAAUACUUUUGCCGAGGGUGGAGUGUCUUUAUCCUCCUUGGCGCGAUUCGAACCCCAGACCUCUUUAGCAGUGUCGGUUGUGGCCGUCCACGUGUUACAUCCAUCGGAGGUUUGCGUCAAACGCGAGAUUAUCGAAGCCCGAGGAGGAGCGCACGAAGACGCGCCGCGCCCUAGCUGCGAUCCUUGGUCUGGCGCUUCAAUCCACACUGGUAGCGAGAUCAUGGGGUCUGCUUAUGGCGCCUCGUAUUUUGUGAUCUUGGCGACGCUGGUGUUUGACAUCAUUGCUUUUGGGCUGGCGAUUGGAGCGGAGUCGCGGAGAAAUCACGUCACGAUUGAGACGGACGUGAGUGAUUCCUAUACUACUUGCCGGUACAGCAAGGACAUUGCCACUGGUCUCGGCAUUGGAGCGUUCCUGUUCUUGCUCUUGGGUCAGCUUAUCAUCACUGGUGUCACUCGCUGCCUGUGUUGCUCCUCGCCACUUCGUCCUGGGGGAUCCAGAGUUGCCGCGGUCGUGUUCUUCAUCCUUUCCUGGUUCACUUUCGUGGUCGCCGAGCUCUGCCUCUUGGCCGGAUCGACACGAGCAGCGUACCGCACGCGCUCUCGCGGCUACCAGGGCGCGUUCGAUCUAGACUGCAAGACGCUGAGGAAGGGAGUCUUCUCCGCCGGCGCCGCGUUCACCUUCUUCACGCUGCUCCUGAGCGAAGGCUACUACUUGUGCUUCGUCAAAUCCCAGGAAAACGCAUGGCAGACUUACAACACUGGCGGAGGCCCCGGCGUGGGCAUGACGCCAUAUCCAAGACCAUACUAAAAGACGAAGAAGAUGGAUGAUUUUCCAUUCCAGUGGAAAGACGAGGGGCAUUUUGCUAGCUAGUAUAGAGAUAUAGUCCUUGAAUCAAUCAUUGGUUUGCACCUUAAUAUCAGUAUCAAUACUGUUAUUUCUAGAAACCA